CAAGACGGGCACGCACGGGUCCUGGGUGGAUGCCGAAAAAUCUUCAAUAGUUGAGCUUUAUUUGAGUGUCUCUUAAGUGUCUCCUUGCGUUCAAUAGCGUUGCGUUCCGUUGUCUUUGCUUGUAGCUGCAGUUGGUUUAAGAGUGUAGUCGCGUGUUUUCACUGGAAGAGAGGAACAGCGCGACCGUGUGAAAUCUUGGCAUUAGUUUGGGAAGGUUGCCGCCUCGUGUCGACAAAUCUCUCGUUAGAUGAUGCCAAUCUCCGUAGCGGCGUGCAAGGAAAAACACCACGAGAGCACUCCCUGAGUGGAAGGCACUUAUUGCGCAAUCCGCCACAACUUGGAUGGAAGCGUUCAGCGCCUACCGCCAAAGGGGAAGGAACGCGAGACGCGCGGGCAUCCGGUUUGGAGGAUGACGGGGGCGGAGCUUCGGGAACCUUCCUGGAGCUUUUGGGGCGGACGCUCAGGAACUCGCGUAGUGCGUUCACUCACCUGAGGUUCUCGCAACGAUAGCGACGCGUCGCCCGUAGACGCCCGAGACCCCGACGAGAAGGAAGAACGACACAUGUACACGACGGAGCGGAGACGGAUGAGUCUCCGGCGGGAGCCCGCCGCCGGCUCGCAGGCGUCGGCGGGAAGUUUGUGGCAGGACCCGCUGGCCAUGGAGCUGAGCGCCCGGAGCCACGCCGCCGCCAGGACCGGCGUCGUCUCGCCCCGGAGCCGCGGCCGGGGCGUGUCGGUGGCCUACAUCGCCAAGGACGGCGAAGGCGAGGCGGCCGCGGCCGAGACGGCGCAGGCCGGCCAGGCCGAGCGCCACUUGUCCCUGGCCUGUCUGAAGGAGGCGUGCGCCGACACGCGAGCCUCGUUGAAAAGCAUCCCCUUCGAGAGGAUCUCCAUGGCGACCACGGACGUCCUGGACAGCUUCUACAAUGCUGAUGUGGCCGUGGUGGAGAUGAGCGACUCUUUCUGCCAAGCGUCCCUCUUCUAUCACCUCGGAGUCAGAGAAAGUUUCAGCAUGACCAACAACAUCAUCCUGUAUCGUUACGAGGAGGACACGGACCUGCAGGCCGUGAAGGAGCAGUGUGGAAGCUACACUUUCCUCCCUUACGUGGUGACGCCUCAGGGCAAGGUGUUGGCCUGCGACGGCACCGUCAUGACCGGCAUCAACGAGCUGAUGCGGCCCGCUUUCCAGCUGGACUCGCUUCUUACGCCGCUGGCCGACAGACUCGCGCGUUUGCUCAACGAUGUGGAUGUGCAGCCCAGCGAAUACUUCCGGGAAUCCAUUCGGCACGAGAUCCGCAUGGCGAGGGAGCGCUUCAGCGGUGCCGCCCUGAGCGAGGAGCUGAGCCGCAUCCAGAUGCGUUUGGACAGCGUGGAGCUGCUCACCCCUGAGAUCGUCAUGAACCUGCUGCUGUCCUACAGGGACAUUCAGGACUACGAUGCCAUGAUAAAGCUGGUGGAGAUGCUGAACCAGCUCCCCAUGUGUCUCGUGGCAAAACACCAAAAUAUUAAGUUCCACUACAUUUUUGCCCUCAACAGGAGGAAUGGAGCGGGCGACCGCGCCAAAGCUUUGGAGGAGAUCCUUCCCAUUGUGGAAUCGGGAGGCCAGGUGGUGUCGGACGUGUACUGCCUGUGCGGUCGCAUCUACAAAGACAUUUUCAUGAGCUCGGGCUUCAGCGACCAGCACAGCAGAGAUCGGGCCUGCUACUGGUACGGAAAAGCCUUUGAGACGGAACAGACUCUUCACUCGGGUAUCAACAACGUGGUCCUUCUGAUGGCGGCGGGGCACCAGAUGGAUUCGUCCAUGGAGCUGCGCAAGAAAGGCGUGACCUUAAGCACCCUGCUGGGCCGGAAGGGCAGCCUGGAGAAGAUGAAGGACUACUGGGACGUGGGCUUCUACCUGGGCGCCAACAUCCUGGCCAACGCCCACAGGAAAGUCAUCGAGGCUUCCGAGAAGCUCUACAAGCUCAAGGCUCCCCUUUGGUACGUGGCGUCGGUGAUGGAGACGUACCUUCUGUACCGGCAGUUUGCCAAGCCUCCCGACGUAACGUCUUCCAAACAGGACACGGCGAACUUCUGGAUGGAGCUGCUUUUGCAGUACUGUCAACCCGGCGCCUGCACCGAGCGCUGCCCGGUGCUGAUUCUGGAGCCCAGUAAAGUCCUUCAGCCUGCCUUGGUGUCCGUGAGCGAGGGGGACCAAAGUCGCACCGUCCGGCUGAAACACGUCACGCCCUUCAAGAAAGGCUUGCAUCAGUGGACUUUCCCGGCUGCCGCAAUCCGUGGAGUGAGCGUAUCAAAGAUCGACGAGCGCAGCUGCUUCCUUUACGUGCACUACAACUCGGAUGACUUCCAGCUCUGCUUCCCCUCCGAGCAGCACUGUAAAGGUUUCUGCGAUCUGGUCACUUCUCUGCUCCAUCCGGCCGAGGACGCCUCCCCCGGUCCGAAUCAUCUCGGCGAGGGAAUACUCGAGUACGUCUACGAAACCAACGAGAAAGGCGACAAGGUGGUCCUCGGGAAAGGCACGUACGGCAUGGUGUACGCCGGCAGGGACCUGAGCAACCAAGUGCGCAUCGCCAUCAAGGAGAUCCCGGAGAAGGACAGCACUUAUUCCCAACCGCUCCACGAGGAGAUCUGCUUACACAAGCGGCUCAAGCACAGGAACAUCGUCCAGUACCUGGGCUCCGUUAGUCAGGACGGUUUCAUCAAGAUCUUCAUGGAGGAAGUACCGGGAGGAAGCCUUUCGUCCCUGCUGCGUUCCAAGUGGGGUCCCCUGAAGGACAACGAGGCCACCAUCAUCUUCUACACCAAGCAGAUCCUGGAGGGGCUGCGAUACCUCCACGACAACCAGAUUGUUCACAGGGACAUUAAGGGCGACAACGUGCUGAUCAACACGUACAGCGGCGUUUUGAAGAUCUCCGACUUUGGAACCUCCAAGAGGCUGGCGGGCAUCAACCCCUGCACCGAAACGUUUGCCGGAACCCUCCAGUAUAUGGCGCCGGAGAUUAUCGACCAGGGGCCCCGGGGCUACGGGAAGCCGGCCGACAUCUGGUCCCUGGGGUGCACCAUCAUCGAGAUGGCGACCGGCAAAACGCCCUUCCACGAGCUGGGCAGUCCUCAGGCGGCCAUGUACAAGGUGGGGAUGUUUAAAAUCCACCCCAAGGUUCCGGAGAGCAUGUCGGCGGAGGCCAAGCGCUUCCUCAUGAACUGCUUCGAGCCCGACCCGGACGGCCGGGCCACGGCGGCGGACCUGCUCGGGGACGCCUUCCUCAGGUCGUCCCCGAGGAAGAAAGCCAAGGCCCCCCAGGAGGACGACCUCCAAGACGCCUCUGGUGGGGACUACCGGCGCAGCCUGUCCGUGCCGGUCUCCAUCCUGGUGGAGGACGCCGACUCUGACCCGGGCUCCGUCGACCUGUCCUGCUCGCUGGACUUCAGGGCCACGCGGCGCUCCGCCUUUCCAGGGAAUCGCAACUCCGAGAGCCCGCCCGCCUGCGGACGAUUCCUGCCAGUGCCGGAGGACUCGCCGCUGGACAUGAGCAGCCCGGCAUCCACGGACGAGAACGCCGGCUUGUUCUUGCUGAGGAAGGACAGCGAGAGGAGGGCCACGCUGCACCGGGUGCUCACCGACUACAUGGCCAACGUGGUGGCCAACAUCCAGGAGGCCUUGCCACAGUCGGAGAGGUCGUCGCUGACGUCGGAGCACAUCACCGAGCUGGUUUGCUGCCUCCGGGCCAACAUCUGCUCUCCGGACAAGAAGCGGCUGACCAGCAGCCUGCGGGACCUGCGGGCCGCGCCGCCGCCUGCCGCCGUUCCUCCCCGCGGCCUGCAGGCGGCGCUGUUCGGCUUCCAGGACGCCGUCAAGAAGGUGUUGCGGCAGCAGCAGGUCAAGCCUCACUGGAUGUUCGCCCUCGACAAUCUGCUGCGGCAGGCCGUGCAGGACGCCAUCACCGUGCUUCUGCCAGAACUGAAGAUCCAGCUGCAGUCCUCAUUCGAGACCGAGGACGGCGCGCCCGAGGAGUCGCCGGCCGACGCGGACGGCGGCCGCCGCGGGGAGGAGGAAGCGGCGGCGGCGGAACGCCCCACGUCCGAGUCUGCGGACAAGAUCCCGGCGCCGCCGAGGCCUGCCGACGCCAUCCUGGACAGCGACUGCCCGCUCAGCGACGAACUGAGGGAUCUCCGACUGGAGACCAGAAGACUGCUGAGCCUGCUGAGUGACAAGGAGAGAGAGUACCAGGACCUACUGAGGACUUUGGUCCAGAAGAAACAGGAGGACAUUGAUGCGCUCUGGGGACACGCUGCCGAUGGCGGCUGGACUGCGCAAAAGAGCGACGAUCCGGACGUGAGGGACAUGGUAGCCUGGCUGCAGACCAUCCCGGUUGGCCAGCACACCGUUGAGAAGUUGGUGGCACACGAGUUCACGUUGGACUGCCUUCUGCAAAUGGCCUGCAGGGACGACUUGAUGUACUGUGGAAUAAGGGGAGGGACGCUGUGCCGCCUGUGGGCGGCCAUUGCGGCUUACCGCAAGUGCCGGCGCGCAACGCUUGACCGGGACGGCCACGGCGCUCGACUCUGACGCUCCUGCUUUUCGUGGACAGGCUGGCCCUGUUCCAGGCGUUAUUUUCUUUGGUCUUCUUAACUUCCUCUUUGUACAUUUCAAGAUAAAUAUGUGACAUAUCUAAA